UUUAUACCCACUUUUAUCUCUAUAUCUCCGAUCAAUCAUUCACCGAUCACAUGUAUUUCUCACUAUUAAUUCAAUCGGUUUGACUUGGUUCUGUUAUUGUAUUUAACCGUCUCUUUUAUUGGAUCGUGCCGUGUUUUUAUUCACUUUUUGUAUGUUGAUUUGUUUAUAUGCGUUGAUUCAGUUGGUGAUUCGAGUAAUUUGUUUUGCUUGUGGUGGCGUGAUUUGUGAGAGAUUUGCAGAUUUUUAUUCAAGAGAUUGAUAAUUUUCGAGUUAUAUAUUUUGGUGUGAUGAUCGUUUUUAGUGUUUAAUUGUUCCUAUGAGGUCUGUAUAAUAGUUUGCAGGUACGAUAAACGGAGAAUUAUGUCAGGUUUAAUAGCGUCGUGCCUGUAUCUCUAGGUUUUUAUCGACUACAUGCUAUAAGUAAAUAUAUGAGUUACGAAUUUAGGCGGUAGGUGAGGACAUGGAUCUUUCGAAUACAAAUGAUGUCCUAAAAAACAUUGAUGUUCACAGUAUAGAGUCAAUAGUCGGUACAUUGUGGUUCAUGGCCUUCUGGGCGUACUUACACAAAGUUAACAGCGUGGGAAGCUAGCAGCCUAGCAUGAGACUUUGCUCGGUGCAUGGUGGUGUUUAUGCACCUUUUGCCUCAGCUUGCCAUUUAUGCUAGCUACAAACGAACCACGCUUCUAGGGUUAUGAACCCGAGUAAGAUUAACAAAAAUGUGCUUUCCUGCAUACUAGUUGUGAAACAAAAAUUAGCUGGUCUGUGAGUUGAUCAAAGUACCCCCUUGAAAGUGAAAAAGCUGAUGGUGCCUCUGUUCUGGAUAAGAUAUGUCAAGCCUCGAUUACAAGCAACCAAUGAUUGUCACUUGGUCCAUGAGGAGUGAGGAUCGCUGUAGAUUUUUUUGUGAAAACCGCUACAAUAAAGAUAUGUCAAGCCUCACAAAUCUUCCGGGACAUUUAGUUCUAAAUUUUCCAAAUCCACAUAUGAAAGUACCGACAGGAUGUAAUCCUUAGCUAAAACAUAAUGGUUCCCAUUAUCCCACUAUAAGCAUAUACACCCGACUCACCCACCUUCUUGGAUCAAAAGGGUCAAAAGGGAUGCCAAUUUUCACAGAAGAUCAACGUAUGACGUUAUUCUCGAAGCAGUAUUGAACUGAACUAAAGCCUCUGCAUUUGUUCUCUCUAUUUUUACGGUUGUGACAAAUAAAAUCCCAUAUUUCAAAGUAAUAGAUACAUCUUCAACUGAUUUCUGUAUCUUAAGAGCUAUAAUUUUUUCAUUGUUGUUUAAGGCUCCUCAUGUCCUAGGUUUUCUAAAAGUAUAUCCAUCUAUAAUGGACAAUUACAUUAUAUUAUUGACCAGACUGUGCUUAUGAGAAACAUGCACUAUGUCUGAACUCUUCGCCAAACAUGUCAUGUGCGAUCUUGUGAAUGGAGCCAUGAGCAAAUUUUGGUGCAUUUGCACAAAUCCUAUUAUUUAUCACCUCAUAUAUGAUGGUUAUGUUGUCUUGAUAUCUUGCCCCUCAAACUUUUUUAAAGUGGCUUCUCUGAUUUCUCACAGCUAAUUGAUCUGCACUUGCAAAACACACAGUAAGGUUAUGGCAGUAAGGUCAUGGCGUGGUCUUUCUGUUUUCAAGAGUGUACAACAUACAUUUGUGUUUCUCGUGUUAAGUUUUCCUUAAAUCGCAUCAAUAUUCUCUGAAUUAUGAUAUAUCUUACAAUGGUCACGCCUUCUCUCAGUAUGGUCAUAACUCGGGUCAUGGGGUAUAAUGUUAAUUCUGUACUUCUAUGUUUAUAUUUCAGAUGUUGAAUAAAGUUAAGGUUCUUCACUAAAUUACUACCUAUGUCUAUUUCAUGCAAAAUUUUCAGUCUAUUCCCUUUUUUUGACAAGUACAGAAGUCGGUAGAACUUAAAAUGUGAAAGUAUUUUUCGUAAAAGGUAAAACUCUUCAUCCAAGAUUGAACUGAUGGGCCUUGAUUUAUAUGUUGCCUGAUUGGGCCAGAAGAAAAAUUAACAUGUGGAAUGAUCUGCACCAGUUGCUCAUAGUCUCAUACUCUCUUGUGUAAUGAAGUAUUCCUCUAUAUUAUGUGGCAUCACCCUCACUAUAAUAACAAUGUAUAAUAUAAGAUUGCAGAUAUGUUGACAAUUGCAAAAUGAUAUACAAGUGAUCCAAAAAUAUCUAUGUAUUGAUAGAUAACUGCAAUAUGUUAUACAAUUUUCACUAAAUUAGUUAUCUGAUCUGUUUAAAAGCAAAUUAUUUCCUCCCCAGGAAACCAAACUAAGUUUUGCCAUCCCUGGUUUUACCAAGGGCAUCAGAAUUCAGAUCACAAAGGUUCAUCGUUGUUCAAUGUCAAUACUUGCAGAAUGUGCUUAUAGCUAUAUUAUUAUAGUACACAACAUAACUCUUUUAAGUUGGAAGAAAGAGUGCAUAGCUUUUAAAAAUGUUUGAACCUUUUGAUGCAUCAAGAUAAAUCAAUCUAUGAAGUUAUAUAUGUUUAUGUGUGCAUAGAUUAGUAUAUGUAUUGGAUCAUAGAGGCUAGAGCUGUAAAUGGUCAUAAUAAAUCUAUCGAGUUUAUUAAGUUGCUUUUAUGUAAAAUAAUAGAACAUUUUGAUAUCUCAUAAAUUUUAGCAUUGAAAUCUUCCCAUCUAUUUUCUUCCACACACACACAAACACAAAUACAUACAGAUAUAUAUUCUGAAAAUCAAGACAGUUUUUUUACAACUACAGAUUUUAAAAAACGGGAUGUUCUUUGAUUCUUAGAUUAUCAUAUAUCUUACAGUUAUAUUGCUAAUAGUAUCUUAACACAGAGAUUAUGGCUGGUCUUGUUGGUCUUGUCUUGAUGAGUGAUUAGAUAAAUUUCAAUAUUAGUUCAGGCAGCAUAUCUUUAGGUGUUAUGAAAGGAAUUCACGCGGAAGUUGCACCAAAGCUCUCUCAUUUUUCGGACAUGAAUAUUAUAAACUAUUUACACGAUGGCGGAUUCUUCAUUCCUACACCUUUUAUUCAGCAGCAUAGUGCGGUUUCAAUGAUGUUACCCUGUAACCUCUGGAGUUAACAGUGUGAUCAUUCUCCCCCUUCCGGGCUUUAUUCGUAAGUAGGAUGGCCGGUUUAGUUUGUGCUGGUUCAAGAAUGCUUGUGGUAUCUCUUUAUUUUCUUACCACCGGUUAUUCUAGUAGAAUGUGCGAAAGAUCAACCAGCUGCAGAUUUGCUCGAACAUGGCCUUUGUUUUGAUGGGGAACAGGAGGUUAUUCCAAUCUGAUUCAGUAUUCCUAUCAGAAUCAUAUAAAUGAACAACUGCUGUCAUCAAUUUAUAUGGCGGGAAUCUAAAUCUAGUGAUUUAUUACAGAUCCAAUUUUUUGAUUUGGCGAAUUACCAAAAGACUGGUACACUUGGAAUCUGAGUGAUGACAUGCCUACUCCUAAAUCUGAGAUCAUAUAUGACGCGUUUAGGAUGUGACAGUAUCACUUGCUGAGGGCUAGUAUUAUCCUAGGGGCAUUAUGUAUCGGUGUAUAUUAUCAGAAAUGUCAUUCUGGUGAGUAACGAAUUAUGAAAAGUACCAUGUAAUGUUACUGGUAUUCAUCUUUCAGCUUAAAGAAAGGCCUCUGACGAGUCUCGUACUGACUGAGAUAAAAUGAUGUAGAACCUACACUCCGACAUUCAAUUUCUGUAAGAGAUUGCAAAGUGUUACAAAAUCCUGGAAUUUGAGGUUUUCGUUCACUUUGUUAUUAUUGGGUUAUAAAGAAAUAGCUGAGUUUCUUUUUAGUCCUAUAAAAAACAGCUGCAGUUGGCCUGAAUUUAUAGAUUGCCUUUUCCUGCACUGAAUAUAUCAUUGGUAGCACUCCCCAAAAUCACUACUCCAUCUCUAGUCAGGCGAAUGAUUUGAGGACUUAUUUGCUGUCCAACCAUUGGCUAGAAGUUACAUGACAUUGUUAGUUGGAUGGUGAUGAAGAAUGGAAUUAAAAUAGGAUGAUGAGUUAUACUAUUGACCAAUAGCUACUUUCAUGAUUGGAGUGAGUGAAUUAUUCAGUAUAAGGUGAAGUGAAGUAUAAGUGAAUAAAUGAAGCAUGUAUUGUCAAAUAUUUCUCUAUGGCUGAAGAAGUUGCCAAAGAGGCAAAGCACAAUCAAGAAAGAUUUGAUAACAAGCUUAUGAACUAGGGUUUCCUUGCUGACUAUUUCCUUUGUAUGCAAGCUGUACGAGGUCAACUGGCUUUUAUGCGAAUUUUAUGUAUUUAGUAUAUCCCUUCUGCUUUCAAGCAUAAUUCAGGAUAAAGCUUCCUUUAUAUGUACAAUGAUGCUUCAUGUUUGCUGUGGAUUUGCAUCAAAAGUCCUUGAGAUCAAGAAGUUUCUACAAAAAAAACUCUAGGAUCAAUAAUUUGAAGUGUUUGAUAAUAUUUCUGGCACUGUAAUUAUCUGGUCAUCCAAAAGACAAGCUGAUAAUGUAUUAAUUGUAUGAACUCUGUAAUUUGUAAAUACUGUUAAUGUCUAUGUAAUAUACAGCACAAAAUAUGUAUGUUUAGUUCGAAUUGUAUAGUGUCGGAGUCUUGAUAAGAUACCUAUAUUCUCCUUUUCAUAUGGCGUAGUUCAUGCUAUUUGUUGCCAGUGGGUAUGCCAUCGAUUGUCUUAGGCCAUCCUUUCGUAGCCUUGUUGGCUAGCAUCAAAUUUUUUGACAAUUGAUUUGUUUAAGUUCUAGAUCCUUGCAAUUUUAUAUUUUGUCAUGUAAAGUAGACUCCUAGCAGACAUUCUCUUUAUGUAUAGUUCCAUCCUUACAUUAAUUUUUUGUAAAAUUUCUGCUCCACACUUGGUCAUUCGGAGUUCUCCCUCCCUUAUCACUGUUAAAUCACUUUGUUUUAUCACCUUUAUUUGUCAGAACUGCAUCAAUUAAGGUGCCUCAUUAAUGGUGCUCUCACAGCCAUUAGGAAAGACACAUCACUAUGUUAUUUAUCAUGCACAGUUGCACACAUGUUCCUUUUAACUUUCAUACUUAUGUUCGCACACACAAGUAUCAUCCUUUAUGUUUGCCGUUUCUUUAAUUAAUUUGUUUCCUAGGGAGUAUUAUUUUUUAUGCAGUGCAGGAAAUUAACAUAGGUUGCAGUUAUUGCAAGGAGAUACAGGGAUACCUUCCUAUAUGGUGUUUGUGUAGUUUAAGGUUCAGGUGUAGCCAAUUAGCGUAAGAUCGCUUUUGAUCUGAAACAAAUAGAGACCUGGGUAUUCACCUUUUACUGGUUUUCAGUCAACGUUAAAAAUAUCAUCAGUGUGGAGGUCAGAACUAGUGAGUAGAAGAUGAUUUGUUUUGAGCAUUGCUGAUUGCUGCAAACUGUAUGUCUUUUGAAUAUAUACAUAUCAGGUAUGCUGCUCACCUCUAUAAGUAGUAAACGUAUCUUGCAAAAAAAAAGAAGCAGCAGCUAUCUAUAUAUAAUUGGAUUGAUCUUGAGUAGAUUAUAGUGAUUUGAUUUGCAUACAUUAAUGGAUAUCUGAGGAACAACAUGGUUAAUGAGGAUGUAUUGGCUAGAAAUUUAUAGUAUAGGCAACAUGCAUUGUAAGUAGCUAUUUUAUAUAUCUCAAUUAGCAGGUCGUUGAAAUGUUUGGAUCAAUCUCUUCUGCUAACUCAAUACAUGUGCAAAGGAAACUGUUGGACUGUUUUUAGAGGAUUCAACCGUAUUAAUAUAUCAUCUGUAAUGAAGUUGUCAUAUAUGCUAUAUGUAAACAUGCUCGUAUAUGUAGUUUGUGCUUUUUUGACCGAAUGUACUCAUGCACUAAUUCGUCUGCAGGUUGGUUUGAGUAUAUUACGAUUGCAAUUGAUUGAAGUGAUCUUGAAGUCUUGAACUAUAUUAUGGGCCAUAGACACUUCCCCAACUUGUCGAAUAUGUCGGGGUUCAAUCAAGGUCAUGAUAACAAUCAUCAAUCACACCAAUUCUACCAUCCAACAGAAGUGCUUGCCGUUCCAGAAAAUGGGUCAUUUGUUUCACCAUUGAUUAAUUUAUCUAGAGGUGGAGUACGCUCUGAUCAUCAAUAUAAUCCAGAAUACAGACAACAUGAGUAUGCUACCCAAAGCUUUUACAGGGAAGAACACGGUUUACAACCACCGUUUUCAGGGGAUUCUUAUUAUUCUUAUUCCGACUUGGCAGCUGGUGGAAACUUGUCUAUGAAUCCAAACCUAGACAUGAAUUCUUCUCAAAUGAAUUAUAACUAUUACAAUGGACAAAGUACACAUGAUUCUGAGGGGGCUGUACCAUAUCCUUUAAGAGGAGGUGAAAGGGGGUCCUAUAAAAGGAAAUGCCCGGCGGAGCCAACAUUUUAUGGUCCAUUUGAAAGAGGAAGUGCAAGCAGAUCAUCAUAUGGUGCGGGAAGUUCUUCUAGCUCUUCGCAGCUUCAGGUUGAAAAGCCAAAUUUUGAUUAUCAAGGCAUCUCUUCAGGCCCCAUUGGCUUGCCUCACCAUAGAGGAAGUGGCCUUCCAUUUUCUCAUGAAGAUUCAUUAAGAAAUGUGAGAAGCCGAUCUAGGCUUGACGUUCAUCCCAUGGCUGUGAGAGCGCAUUUCUCAAGUCACCCUUCUCAACAUUACCAUUCAGCAACCUUUCAAACAUAUCCUCCUGGCAGGGCGAAUCUUGCCAGUUCAAAUGCUGAUCAGGCAAGACAAGAGUGGAAUCGCAUACCUAUUUCUUCUGUUGCUGCUUUUACUCCUGGAAGGGGCUCAAUUGCUGGUCAUAGUGGCGUAAGCCCCACGGCGGAUCAGUAUAUUGUUGGAGGAAGUACAUCCAAUGUCACUGGUGGUCAUCAUAAUUACACUUCAAGUGGACAUCCUGUUUCAUCUUCACAUUAUUUUAAUGGCACCUCUGCGCAGGUUGCAAGGGGAAGUGGUACCGUUCAAUCUAGGAGUAGUAUAUCUGCAUACAGGAAUGGCCUCAGCUUCUCAAGUGCAAGGCAUGAAGCUGUCGGUUCAGCUGUGAAUUCUUAUGUAGGAAGUUCAGCUUCUACAUAUACGGGGUCAUUAUUGACCAGUGGAGUACAUAACAAUUACAGGAAUGUAAGGUCUAGCUUAGCUCUUGAGAGGGUUCAACCUAUUCCUGGUCUUGUGGAUACCCAACAUAGAAUUGGUGCCGAGGUUUCCAUGAUCUAUAGUGCUUCCAGAAGUUCAUAUGAUCAGUAUAGAGACAUGAGGCUAGAUGUUGACAACAUGAGCUAUGAGGAACUUCUUGCUCUGGAGGAAACAAUCGGAAAUGUCAGCACUGGCUUGUCUGAAGAUAUGAUCAUAAAGUGUUUAUCAGGAAAGAUGUACACUUCUGGAGAUCAAUAUUGUGUGGAAGGAUCUUGUGCCAUCUGCCUUGAAGAGUACAAAAGUGAUGAUGGGAUUGGGACUUUGAAGCACUGUGGGCACAAUUACCAUGUUGAUUGUAUUACUAAGUGGUUAUUGGUGAAGAAUGUCUGCCCCAUCUGCAAGGCCGCUGCGUUUACUAAUUAGUGAUGGGUUCUGAUCAACUUAAAUUCCAAAAUUUUAGUUUAUCUCUGUAUAAAUAUAUAGCGUGGCAAAAGUCUGUGUGUUUAGUUGCAAACUUGCAAUAUAGAUGAAUGUACUACAUUGUGUUUCACUUGUAUAAAUUUAUUACAAUCGCUAGUCUUUAUU